UGCGUUAUAGCAGGUGAAAUUCUAACCUCAAACAACAAACAACCGUGCAAAAUAGUUGUUUGCUCAACCAUGCCAUAAUUAAUACAACACGUGUCAACUAUUGCUAGAAAAGUUUGAAUUAUGUUUAAGCUAGUUAGAAAUUACUCAAAAUUAUCUUCUCUAACAGCCCGUAAAAAAUUAAGAGCAACGGAAACAAAAUUUCCAAAGCCACCGCUGAAAGAAUUGCCAGUAUUUCAGUAUCCAAUAAGCGAGAGUAGCGAUCGCAGGGUGUACGUUUGGGGCCUUGCCGGUCAUGGAGCUUUGGGACUUCAACCGCCGAUAGCGAAGCGCAAGGAGUUCCUAUUUUAUCACAAACCGAACAGACUUCGAUUUGCAGAACAGCAUCAAGUUGUGGAUAUCGAAUCUGGCUACGGGUUUACGGUUUUUGCUGUUAAAUCAAAAGACGGUAACAUUCUCUGGGGAAGUGGAAUUAACACGGAUUCUCAAUUGGGAUAUGAUGAAGCAGCAAAAAAGCACCUAGAAAUUGUUUUGCUCCCAAAGCCGAUACAUCUGCCAUUAAAAAAUACGUCCAGCCAAGUAACUGGACUUGCCGCUGGUCGUGCACAUUUAUUAGUUCUAACAACCGAAGGCCUGUUUACGCUUGGAAAUAAUGGUUACGGUCAAUGUGGACGGCCAAUAAUUGUCGAUGAAGAUUACCAGAACAAUAAAAUAGUUCAUCACAUACCAGAAAUCAAAGGGGACCGUAUAAAAUCUGUAACAGCGGGCCAAGAUCACAGUAUUCUUUUAAGCGAGUCAGGCCAAGUUUAUACAUUUGGAUGGGGCGCAGAUGGUCAAACUGGUCUGGCACAUUACAGAAAUGAGUACAAACCGAGCUUAGUAAAAGGAGACUUAGCUGGUGAAAACAUUGUCAAAGUUGCCUGUGUGGCAGACUGCGUCUUGGCGCUUAGCGACAAAGGCGCAGUAUUUGGAUGGGGUAACUCGGAAUACGGACAGUUGCCAUCUCAAGUUGAUAAUCACCAAAUAAACAUUGCGACAGAAAUCCAAGAAUGCCGCUCCCUGGGACACAUUGUAGACAUUGCUGCGGGCGGAAGCUUUUGCAUGGUUUUAAACAGUGACGGAAACGUUUUUGUAUGGGGAUAUGGGAUUCUUGGAGUUGGUCCUGCUGUACAAAGAGCAAAAAACCCUACGAUGAUCCCGGAAACUCUAUUCGGUAUUAAUGCGUAUAACCGUACUAGUAAGGUUUCUCAAAUAUACUGCGGUAUAAGUCAGUUGGCGGCUGUGACUGAUAACGGGGACCUUUAUAUGUGGGGAUGCAACAAAUUUGGAUCGUUAGGACUUGGGAAUACCGACGAUCAGUUCUUUCCAUUGAAAGUAGCAGUAGGUGCUCAAGUAAAAAAAGUUUCUUGCGGCGUCGACCAUACAGUCACAUUGUGUAAACCUUAUAUAUAAAGCAGUGUUUUCUUAACGGACAGAAUAUAUUUUUACACAUUGUUACAAGGUGUGUAUGAAUAUUAAGGGUUGAACCUCGUUUAUGAUACCCGUAUUUGCCAAUUUUAGGAUUGU